GUUGGGAACUCAUUUUUGUCUUUGCAGAGGUCUGCCAAGUGAAGCUGAAGAUAAUCUUUACAGCAGUCAGAGUGAAAAUCCUGCAGAUCAACAUACAAAUUUGAGUAAAUCAGUGGAGAUGGGACAAGAAGCAGGCAGGACAUGGACAACGGAAGAGGUCCGGGUCUGUUCACGUUUUUUGGAGUGGUUGAACCCAGAACCUCUCAAUCCUGAUCCAGAUGCUGCAGAUGUUGUGAUUAGUCCCAGUGAUCCCAGGAAAAGUGGGAUUCUGGUCCACUCAACCCAUCUGCUGGAGCCCUGUAGUAGCUUGGAAGACGCUCCCAUCACAGAUGUUCUUCGACAGGUGUUAAAGACAAAAAAUUACUGCACUCUGUCUCCCUCCGAUCGCUACAGCUGGCCAGCUGUGGCUCGUGGACACAACACUGUCAUUAUCUCCCACAAUGCUGAGCAGCCACUUAGCUACCUCGCCCCCCUCCUCUCCCACAUCCAGCUCAACUCUAUCUUCACUUCCCUCACCUACAGUUUAGGGCCCAUAGCUGUACUGCUAUGUCCAGGAUGGGAGAGGGCUCAGGUGGUCUACGACCUGCUGGAAGAAAGCAAGGUCUCAAAAACUCUCCGCCCAGUCAUCAGUGUGCUGGGCACUGGCAAGAAUGAAGCAAAAGCUGUGAAAAUUCCCAAAAACUGCCUCCUUUUAGUGACCACUCCCUUCACUCUUGUCCGUCUGCUGUCUUGUCACUGCUUCCUGUUCUUACGAAUGUGCCACCUGAUUCUAGAUGAGGCUGAGGAGAUUUUUGCUCUUGGUUCUGAUCAGAUGGAAACCGUCUUGAAGCAUUUCCAGAAGGUGACUUGCAGCGAUGAAAAUGUAUUCUGUCCUAAGCAGCUUGUUGUUGUGGCGAGAAGAUGGACCAGUCACCUAGAGAGUCUGAUAGGCAAUCACAUGCCUUCACCCUACACCAUCAUAAGUGUUCCUGAAGAAGCUGCUCUCUAUGGGAAUGUUCAGCAGGUUAUCCUCAUGACGGUGGAGAGUAGUAAGAUGGCAGCGCUGUUGGGUGUGUUGGAUUUCAACCCUGUCGUUGGUCAGAAGUCGUUGAUUGUGACAAACUCUGCUCAGGAGGUGGAAGAAGUGUUCAAGGCUGUUAGCAACAAAUCAGCUUUCUGUCUGAAGACCCAUGAAGGACUGACUCACCAGUUUGACUUUGUGAUGGAGCAAUGGAGGAAGGACAUUGGUUCAGGCACUCAAGUUAUUCUGGUGACCACCAAUGACUGUCUGAAGUGUCUCAGUAUCAGAGAUGCAACUUGUCUCAUCCACUACGGGUUUCCCACUUCUCCCAAAGUGUUUGGCAGCAGACUUUUCUGCAUGGCUGAAAACUUCAGAAAUCUUUGUGAAGGAGUUUGCUCCCAGGAUCAAACGGGGCACAACUCUCAGGUCUGCAGGUCGGUCCUGCUGCUUUCAGAGAAGAACGCCUCCCAUGUUGUUGGAGUUCUACGCUACCUUAAGAGAACUAAUGCCCUGCUGCCCCCUGAACUCCUAGCUUUUGCUCAGGGGGUUCAAGUGGCCCGUGAAGACCAGAAGAUGGAUCGCCCUCUCUGCAGCUACCUGAAGAGCUUUGGAUUCUGCAGAGACAGCAGUGUGUGUCCUGAUCGCCAUCAAUUUCAUUCCCAGCUGGAUCAGUCUGUGCUCCCGUCGUCUGGAGUCAUUGAGGUUGUGCCUCUCUUCAUUAAGUCAGCCUCAGUGUUUUCUGGCCGUAUGGUCAGGAAGGAUGACAAAUGUUUUAAUUUAAUGGCCUCUGGGAUGGCUUCUUAUUACGCUGACAAGAAGCCAGGAGCCACGGAGCUGCUGGAAGGAUGUUUAUAUGCAGUGCAAGAGGACGACGUCUUCCACAGGGUGAAGAUCCUCUCCAUACCUAAGUGUGGCGACUGUUUGUUUUUUGCUGUUCUCGUUGACUUCAUUGAUGUUGGAAAAGAGGAGGAAGUGAAAUCUCAUCAGAUCCUUCAGCUACCAGAGCAGUUUCAGUCUCUGCCAGGCCAAGCCAUUGAAAUGGUCAUCUGCAGGGUGAAACCAGCUGAUGCUGAGAAGGACUGGCACCCCAAGGUCACGAGAGCCAUCAGCCAGAAGAUCCGAGGUCUGCAGCAUCAAUCACGAGUUGUUCUAAGUCUGGGAAACACGGUUUUUCUUGAUUGUAUGGUUCGAUUAACCAAGGUGCCAGGUAUGAAAACUUUGAUCAAUGAAUACAACGUGCAGUCUGAGAUUCUGAACACAGGGAUGGCAGUCAGCAACCCAGAUCAUCUGAACCUACUGAGAGCACUGUGUGAAGGAGAUCUGGUCAACAAAGAUACAGAGAACACAUCCAGGCUGGAGGAGGAUUCAGUAUCUGUUCAAGUAAAGAUCAAAACAGACAGAGCUGCAGAUGACACACCGGUGUCCACACCAGACCCUUUGCUCAGUCUGAAAGCUCCAACAAAUCAUUUCACUGUUCAAACUCCUUCACUGUCAGUCUGUGAAUCUGCCAGCAGACAGAAAGACAUCAGCACUUCAGAGCUCGUGCAAAGUACAUUCACUGAUGGUGGUCAGAGCAGUGGUGCCGGUGCGUGGCAGCCCCGCCUCGUCAGUGUGCCCCAGGGGCACUAUAUAAGUUUACCAUUUAGUUCAAGUGCCAGAGAUGGAGAAGAAUGUUGCACAAGUGAUACUGCUGUGUCUCUCCACCUUCUGGAAAAUGGUUUACCUGAAGAUCCUCAUCACAACAACACAAAGCAUGUUUUUGAUCAUAACAAGGACGACAACAGUAACUCAACAAUAAGCUUCCAUCCUCAGGUGGUUUGGCACCAGACGCUCGACUCUGUGAUUCUGACAGUGAAGCUGAUGAAUCCAGAAUGUCAACUCUGGGAUUUCUACCCUGACAGAGUCGUUUACAGUGGCAGAGUAAACGGUCAGAUCUACAGAGCUGACCUGCAGCUUCACCAAAAGAUAGCCGCUGACCUUUGCCACCUGGAGAUGAAAUCCCACGAGCCGGUUCUGAAACUGGUCAAACAGCAGCAGGGAUACUGGGAACAACUCGUCACCACAAAGAAUAUUUUUGUAAGGUACAACAUGGAGUACAUUGAUGAGGAUGAAGACAAAGUACUAAAUGAUACGGUGUUUCUGGAGGAAACAGGUGAAAAUAAUUGGUACGUGAACUCGGGGAGUGGCAGUGAGAGCGACUGAAGAUGAACAAAAAUUUGUUUCACUUCUCUGAACACCUCAGUGUUCAUCAGAGAAUCAUCAAGUUUGGUCAGCUCUCCUACUUUAUUUGGAAAAAUAUUAAUUUUUUUAGCCAUUUAGUUCAAGAUAAAUAAUUUUUCAAACAUGUUCUCCUUGUUCAUAUGUUCAUUUGCAAAGGAAAAAGAAACACCAGGAACUGCAUUAAUUCUCAUUUGACACAUUUAGGUUAAAUUUGUGGUAAUCUUUUUUUUUUUUUAAGUGUAUUUUUACAGAUGUUUUCGUCUUCAGUUUGACUUGUUCUGGGGAAAAAAUGAUCUGUUCAGGUAAAGUUUCCCAGUGAGGAGAACUGGUGUUCAGCAUGUUAAAGACUAGCAGCAGACAAUGUGCAAGGACAGACACACACUCACAUAUCCUCAGAGCAAUAGCUGUGGACCCCCACUCUAAAACUACAUGAACACUAAAGCCAGCCUCUCACUGGCCUGUAAUUUGUUAUCAAACAGCAUGUGGAGAAGUAAGUCCCAUAAUUUGAGUGCACACUCACAACAAGAUCCAAGCAAGCUCCCAUAUAAAUUUGUAUUUACUUCAAAUGUAUGGCGAGCCAUUUCAUUCCAAAUUAAAUAAAUGAAUAAAUACCGUAAUUAAUAAAGUAUAAAUAAAUGUUCCAUUAAAUAAAUAAAUUUCCCCAAGAAAAAUAAAACUAAAUCAAUAAAUUAAAGUGCAUUUUUUGCAUGUUUUUAUUUUAUAAAUUCAUUUGUUUAUUUAAAGGGAUCCCUGAUUAGUU